AUGAGUUCUUUGACUCCAAAAGUAUCACAUGACGAGGGCCGUCAUCGUUCUACUUCAGUUGGACGCAUUGCUGUUGGUGACACAGCUUCACCUGGGUUAUCAACUUUACACACAACCAGAAGACAAAGAAGGGCUUCCGAUGCAAGAAUCGUAGAAUUAUCAAGGGAAUCAAGAUCUGAUGCUGCUAUUAUUCAUAAAAUUAUUAUUGCGUUUACUGAAUUGACUUAUAGACAUACUUGGAUUUAUCCAGCUAUUUCCUUAUGUAUACUCGUGUCGAUAUUUCUUACAUCUAAUGUUGAAGGUUACAUUCAUCAAACAUUAAGAAGUUUUAUUAUUCCAGCUUAUUAUAAUGAAGAAACAAAUGAAUAUGGAAAAGGUGGUGAUGACUUUAGAUUCGUGGCAUUUUAUGCAUUAUUUUUCACAUUUUUAAGAGAAUUCAUGAUGUGUGUUGUUUUAAGACCUUUAGCUAAUUGGCUUGGUAUUAAACGUGAAGCUAAACAAAAAAGAUUUAUGGAACAAACUUAUGCUAUUUUCUAUUAUGGUCUUAGUGGACCUUUUGGAUUAUGGAUUAUGUCAAGAUUGCCAUUAUGGUAUUUUGAAACAACUCCAUUUUAUGUUAAUUAUCCUCAUAAAAGUCAUGAUUUCUAUUUCAAAAUCUAUUAUUUGGGACAAGCAGCAUUUUGGGUUCAACAAUCAAUUGUUUUAAUAUUACAAUUAGAAAAACCAAGAAAAGAUUUUAGAGAAUUAGUAUUACAUCAUAUUAUCACCAUUGCUUUAAUUUGGUGUUCUUAUAGAUUCCAUUUCACUUGGAUGGGUUUGGCAAUCUAUAUCACUAUGGAUAUAUCUGAUUUCUUUUUAGCUACUUCGAAAACUUUGAAUUAUUUAGAUUCUCCAAUCACUGGACCAUUCUUUGUUAUAUUCAUUGGGGUUUGGGUCUAUCUCAGACAUUAUUUAAAUUUGAGAAUCUUAUGGUCAAUCUUAACCGAAUUUAAAACUGUUGGUGAAUGGGAAUUGAAUUGGGAUACUCAACAAUAUAAAUGUUGGAUCUCACAAUAUAUCACUUUCUUUUUGAUUGCAUCAUUACAAUGUGUUAAUCUUUAUUGGUUAUUUUUGAUCUUCAGAAUCUUAAAGAGAUACGUCUUUGGUGGAGUUACUGCUGAUGAGAGAAGUGAUGACGAAAGUGAAGGAGAUUCUGAAAGUGGUAAUGAAGAUUCUAAAAAGAAUCAAUAA